AGCGGAAGUGUCAGCGCAAGCGGAAGUGGUACUGCCCUGAAUACCCCGAGCAGCGAAACGGAGGACAGCUUGAUACUCCCAUCGUUAACAGACACAAAUCAGGACUCGAAAUAUAUUCCAAUUUGCAUCAUGGACAAGAGUGACCUAGUGCAGAAGGCUAAGCUCGCUGAGCAGGCCGAGCGCUAUGAUGACAUGGCUGCGUCUAUGAAGGCUGUGACGGAGGGCGGUGUUGAGCUUUCCAAUGAAGAGCGCAACCUGCUCUCCGUGGCCUACAAGAACGUGGUGGGCGCCCGCCGCUCGUCCUGGCGUGUGAUCUCCAGCAUUGAGCAGAAAACUGAGGGCAACGAGAAGAAACAGCAGAUGGCACGCGAAUACCGUGAGAAAAUCGAAGCCGAGCUUCAGGAUAUCUGCAACGACGUGCUGGGUCUCCUGGAGAAGUACCUCAUUCCCAACGCUAGCCAGGCAGAGAGCAAAGUCUUCUACCUGAAAAUGAAAGGAGAUUAUUACAGAUACCUGUCCGAGGUGGCAUCCGGAGAAUCAAAGAGAACCACAGUGGAGAACUCUCAGAAGGCCUACCAGGAUGCAUUUGAGAUCAGCAAGAAGGAAAUGCAGCCAACACACCCUAUCAGGCUGGGACUAGCGCUGAACUUCUCCGUCUUUUACUAUGAAAUCCUCAACACCCCAGAGCAGGCCUGCAGUUUGGCAAAGACGGCUUUCGAUGAGGCAAUUGCUGAGCUGGACACCUUGAAUGAGGACUCUUACAAAGACAGCACCCUGAUCAUGCAGUUACUAAGGGACAACCUCACUCUGUGGACAUCAGAAAACCAGGGUGACGAGGGGGAUGCUGGCGAGGGCGAGAACUAAAGGCGUUGCACUUCACUGUUAAAUCCACCUACACUCUUUAUCUUACACAUAUACAGCCCAUAAUUCCCUGCUCCAUCCAAUCCACCUCACCUUUAUCCACCUUUCUGUAUGACGAGCAGCAUGAAUUGUACCUGACCUACAAGUUUGUACUCCUGAGGCCACGAGCGGAAGGGCAAAGUUUGGUUUCUCUGACUUGUCUCAAACAUGUCUGUUUGUGUAUUUUCCCCCCAGACGAGGGAAAAAUGGUUGAAUAGUGGAGACGAUUCCCAUCCUUUCCCCCCUUCCUAAAAAAAUCCCUCCUAACAUUUUUAAAAGGUAUAUGUUCUCUGGUCCUAGCAGGUUAUAAUGCAUUAUAGUGUCCCCUCCUUUACCCAUACCUCCCUUUUCUGUCUUUUUCUCUCCAAUAGUGUACUGGCGACUGCUCGUUUUAUUCAAAAGGUUAUUAAACUGUCCAUUAAUUUAACAAACACUGUGACGUUUAGUUUUUCCACCUGGGUAAUAACAUGUGCGUAAUGGGAACGGAUUAGUUACGAGUAGCAGUACAAUUCUGUUGCGAUCUCAUACAGAAGGGAUGAAAACAGGCUGUAUUGUGACACUGACUAACACGCAUUACUAUUACUCCUCCUAUCACGUGCAUCCUUUUAUUAGCAUGCACGGCUAACAACGACAAAAGGGACCCGAGGUUUGCCAUUCCAUGUCUGUUCAGUUUUAAGUUAAAGACAUUCCAUCAUAAUGUGACCUUUAAUGAUUACAAACCUUUCGUGAACAAACUGGAGAGUUUCCUAAUGUGCUGUCAAGAAGGCAGUCAACAUAAAGGUGUUGUUUGACAUCAGUAAACGAUUUUCCUGCUUUGUUCUGUACUUUAUUUCUCCCUUUCCCCCCUUUUUUUUUUACGUGAUAUUGACCUCACAUUGGUUUAAUAAAUAUUUUAGAGGUAAAUAAAAACCCGUCAUAACUAAAUGUUGUAAAAACUAUAACGUUUUCAUCGUUCAACACUCUCAUGAACACCUCUACAAAAAGAUACGGCUAAAUUUGAGCAAUCAGUGAAAAUCUAAUAGACAUCUAAGAAUAGACCAAACCUAGACUAGUCAUCAAAUACAGAGACUUUAUAUGUGUAGUCAUUCAUUCUUGUUUAUUUGUUGACUAGUCUAGUUUUGGCCUAUUCCUAGAUGUCCGUUAAUCCCAAUUUAGCCGUGUUUAAGUCAAGAUGACUAUGUUUAGAUGUCUAUUCGACAUCUUUUUAAAAACAAUAUCAGUGUAAUUCAGGAGUUUUGCCGCUGACUUCCCAGUAAACAAUUUUGUGUAUUUAAACGUAGACAACUUGGCUAAAAUAAGGCUGUAUUUGAGCAAUCAAUGAAUAUCUAAUAGACAUCUAAGAAUAGCCCAAAACUAGACUAGUCAUCAAAUAGACAGACUUUAUAUGUGUAGUUGUUUUUUCGAUGACUAGUCUAGUUUUGGCCUAUUCUUAGAAGUCUAUUAACCAAAAUUUUGCCAAUAUGUCUGUUUAGACCUUUAUUAGGCAUCUUUUAAAAACAUCAGUGUAAUUCAGGAGUUUUGUUGCUGACCUCCCAGUAAACAAUUUUGUGUAUCUAAACAUAGACUGCUUGGCUAAAAUAAGGCUAAAUUUGAGCAGUCCGUGAAUAUCUAAAGGACAUCUAAGAAUAGCUCAAAUCUAGACUAGUCAUCAAAUAGACAGACUUUAUAUGUGUAGUUAUUCAUUCCUGUUUAUUUGUUCAUUAGUCUAGUUUUGGCCUAUUCCUAGAUGUCUUAACCCAAAUUUAGCCUUGUUUUAGCCGAGUAUGUUUGGAUGUCUAUUAGACCUCUAUUAGACAUCUUUUAAAAGCAAAACAUGCUUUCUGGGGAUUCACAAUUUUUUUUUUUUAUAUUUGAGUUUCUGUAAGACUUCCGUUGAGAAGUUCUGAAUUUAACUUGAAUUUUGUGCUGGAAACGUUAUCAGUUUUGGCCUACAAAAGCCAAACUGAGAUUGGGAUUUGGCAAAUAGUCUAGAAGUGAUAUCCGUCGCUCAGUGUCACAAUACCUUGUCACAUCACCAUAACAUUCCACUUAGGUGUAGAACUCAUCUGUCUCGAGCUGAAGACAACGUUCAUGCACUGAAGACGAAAUCUCUCUUUCUCCCCUUAGCUGAACAAAUGGCAGUUAUUCUACGCUUGAUUACAAAAAAAAAAUACAGUAGUGAAUGUGGAGCCGAGCCUGUCUGUAUAUCUGGUAUCUCCAAUUGCUUUGUUUUUACUGACCAGUAUUCUGCCUAAAGUUAGCUUCUGUGACGGUUUCAUUGCUUAGCGCGCACGUGGUUGUGAAAAUUUAGACUAGCUUAAGGAAAAAAAAAUU